CUCCUGUCUUCUCCGUGUCGGACUGCAGUUGAGCUCCACCAGCAGACCCAGGUGGACCGGCAGACCCAGGUGGACCGGAAGACCCAGGUAGCGCGAGGAGCUCAGACCGAUGUGAACUCCGGACCUGCUCUUUUUUUUAAUUUCCACUUGUUUUCUGGUUUAGUUUUUUUGAACCGUUUGAGAUGCCGGUGCAGAUCCCGGACGACUCGGACUUCUCCUCGUUCAAAGACCAGUGUCUGAGCUCCGAGGGCUGGAUCAGCCGCUACAACAAGGGCGGGGUGACGGUGUGGUGCCGCGAGGAGGAGAGCCGGAGCGUCCAGAAGCUCAAGAUGAGGAUAGUGUGUAAGGACGUGACGGCGGAGACGCUGUACGACGUCCUCCAUGACACCAACUACCGCAGGAAGUGGGACACCAACAUGAUCGACACGUACGACAUCGGCAGGCUGACCGCCAACGCCGACAUCGGAUAUUACUCCUGUCAGUUCGUCAGUGGUUUGAGGAAAUGCCCGAGCCCUCUGAAGAACAGAGACUUUGUGACGAUGAGAUCUUGGCUUCCUCUCGGCAACGACUACCUGAUCAUCAACUACUCCGUCAAACACCCGCAACAUCCCCCUAAGAAGGACUACGUCCGAGCCGUGUCCCUACUGACCGGAUACCUGAUCCAGUCCAACGGAGCCAACUGCUCCACCCUGUACUACCUGACCCAGGUGGACCCCAAAGGUUCGUUACCUAAGUGGGUGGUGAACAGAGUCUCCCAGUUUGUGGCGCCAAAGGCGAUGAGGAAGAUCUACAAGGCGUCCCUGAAGUAUCCGGAGUGGAAGAGGAAGCACAACCCGAACCUGAAGCCGUGGAUGUUCCCGGAGCAGAACACGCUGCCCUGCGUCAGCGUGUCGGAGCUGACGCUGCAGCGAGCCGACUCUCUGGAGAACAUCGACGAGAGCGGCCUGAGCGAGGAGACGCGCCACAGCGACGAAGAGACUUAGACCUCCCGACAGACUGACACGGCGACGCUCCUCCUGUCUGAUUUCCUGUUUGUUGGUCACGCUGAUGAGAGCCGGACUGUUUCUAUCUGAUCACGUUUGACCUUCUCCGAUGACCUGUCAGCUUUAUUUCCCAUCAGCACGUCUGUCUGUAACGUUCAGUGUUAAACGGGUUUUUCCAGCUUCAGUUGGUUCGGCUGAUGAUGAAAGCCUCUGCACAUCCUCGCAGGUGUUCUCAGGCGAUCUGCUCACUAAACAGCAUGUUCUAACAAGGUUAUUUUUGACUUUUUUCUAAAUUGUAUUCUCUUUUGCAUCAAUAAAAAGAACAUACAGUGGAA